AUGUGCACAAUACAUGACAAUAAAUUCUCGCCGUCAGCUUCCCUCGUCUAUUUGCCACAGCCGGUGCGGGGCUCCGGGCUCGACUGGGCUGCAUGGGACAAGCAAUUUGAUUGUUUUGACCCGCCUAACUCAACACCUGAUUCAAAUUCGGCUGGUGCCGACCCUGAUGGACGACGCACACGCACUCGAAACUCCGACAGUCUGACACAUCCCCGCCGCCGCUGCACCUGCCUUGCAAAAUCUUGCGGCGGGGUGCGGCAGGCAGCACGCAGCCAAGGAACAACUGGACACCGACACGAGAUAGUCAGAAGAGGCUGGCCACAACCUCUUGCUCUCGCGUCCGUCCUAGGCGCCGCGCUGCUGUGCCUGGGCGCCGCGGCCGCCGCCUCGCCGCCCACCAUGCCGGCCGCCGGCAGGUUCGCCAUGGAAGGAAUGGCCGUCGACCAAGGGAUAGCCCACUUCCUCGUCCUCGCGGCGGUCUUCGCCGUGUGCCUCUUCCGCUGAUCGUCGUCCGUCAAGGAACCGGUGCCUGCAUGCAGCUGAACGAUUUCAUCAGUUCGUGUAUCAUUCUUUGAUUAUGUUAGAGAGUUUGUCGGCCGGCCCCGUGCGAAUGCUACUAACAAUGUCGCAAAAUAAGGCGGUCUCCGAAAAAUGUGAGCGUCCCUUAGCAUUCGACGGUUCAGGGUUUGAAUCAAAACAACUUAUCACAAACGUCGUGCUCGAUCUGUCCAUUCCCGUGUUUUGUUCCCCUCAGCUCUUUGUAAUUUCUGUGCAAAUUGCAAAUCGC